AAUUUUUAUUUAUUUGUCAAUGUGAAUAACAAAGAAAUAUAAAUAAAAUCAAUAAAUAUCAUCCGUGUGACACACUAGGCUUAUGAGCACUCCUAGCAAAAAAAUGGAUCCAGCAGUGCAGGAUGUAACUCCUGAAAGUGAUUUUAGCGUUGACGCUUUUCCAAACUACACUGCAGCGGAGACAUUUGUGCAGGGAUUUGCAGGUUUAGUCAACCAAGGUGAUGUUGAGACAAUUAUACGAGCGCAAAAGCAAAUGCUACAACGUUUUGAAAAAACAAAUGAAAUGUUGCUAAAUUGCAAUGCACUAUCUCAAAGUCGUUUAAAAGGUGCUAAUGAUGAUUUCAAAAAGCAUGUAAAAGUAUUAACGGACAUGAAAAAAGAUUUAGACUAUAUAUUUCGAAAAAUUCGAAUUAUAAAGCAAAAGCUUAACCAACAGUAUCCAACAGCUUAUGCCGAAGCUCAACCACAACGAAGCAGUUUAGCGGAGGAAGCAGAGGAUGAGACAGAAAUUAAAACUAAUGCUUCCACUUUAAUUGAAGCACCGACGCCUACAAUAGAAACUGUUGUUUCUAUUGAAAAGAAACCUAUUGAAGAAAAGAAAAACACUACUGUUGAAUAUGUACAAAUGGAAGAAACAAUAGACAAUGGCAAGCCAAUAGAAAAUGAACUGAUAAAACGUGUGUGCUCUAUAGAAACUGCAAAUCCCAAUGACUCUUCUGACUGCACAUCAGAAGAUACUGGUUAGUUAAAUAAACAAAAAAAGAAGUAAUAUUUAGUUGUAUAAAUAUGUAAAUAAUAGUAUAAGUUUAUU